AUGGGUGACUACUCGAAAGCACUUGAAUUUUACGAAAAAGCACAUAAAAUACUUGAAAAAGAUCUGCCUCUAAAUCAUCCCAAUUUAGCUACUUCCUACAGUAACAUCGGUUCCGUAUAUGACGACAUGGGUGACUACUCGAAAGCACUUGAAUUUUUCGAAAAAGCACAUAAAAUCUACGAAAAAGCUCUGUCUCCGAAUCAUCCCUCAUUGGCUCAUAGUUACGUGAAUUUUGCAGCGUGUUACGAAAAAAUUGGUGAUUAUGCAGCAGCUCUUAAGAUUCUUCAAAGUGGUCUUCAAAUUGAGCAAAAAGCAUUUCAAGAAGGUAAUCCAGAUCUUGCUUCAACAUAUGGUUGGUUCGGAAGGAUUUAUCGCAGCAUGAAAGAUUAUCCGAAAGCACUUGAUAGUUUUAAUAAGAGUCUCGCAAUACGUCAACAAACGUUACCUGAAACACAUCCCUAUCAGGCUCUUACAUACAGUAGUAUUGGUGAUGUUCAUAGAUUAAUGGGUAAUUAUGAAAAGGCAUUUGAAUUCCAUCGAAAAGCAUUAAAUAUUCAAGAAAAUGUUCAAUGUAAUCCUCUGCAAUGUGCAAUGACAUAUACAUAUUUAGGUGAAACUUAUCGUGAAAUGAAAGAUUAUUCAACAGCAUUAACAUAUUUUCAAAAAGGAUUAGAAAUACGUCAGAAGAAAUUACCAAAAAAUCAUCCUGAUUUAGCUAUAGUUUUUCAUAAUAUAGCUAAAUUAUAUUUAUCUACUCGACGAUAUAAUAUGGCAAUGAAAAAUGUUCAACAAGCGAUAGAAAUAGCUCAAGAAAAAUUACCUUCAAACCAUCCACAUCUUUUGGAAUAUAAAGAAACGUUUGAAGACAUUCGAAAAAAAAUGUGA